AUGAAACGUAAGUCCCACCUAUUGGUCGGUAUAUUUACCGACGAAAAUUUGCAAAAGGUUAUCGAAGCGAUGUACAAUGGGAUCACAAUAAGGAAAUCUUGUCGAAGAUACAACAUUCCCAGGGCAACACUACAGGACCGGAUCAAGGCGCGAAUUGCUAAUAAGCCAAGGCAAAUGGGCCCAGACUCAUAUUUGAGCGCCGAAAAUGAGAAAAAAGUGGUCAACUGGAUAAUCAAUUUGGCGAAAUGUGGAUUUCCCGUUAAAAAGCGUGAAUUAAUUUCUACGAUACAAAAGAUUGUCUUGGAUCAUAAAUAA